CAUUAGUCUGAGUGAUUCAUAUAAACAAAGAAGUCAGUCUUGGUUGAGCUUCCUAGGCAAAUAGGGUGGGUAAUGGUACGCCAGCAGCAGAGCCCCUCUCCCUUGGAGAGCACUGCUGAUAGAAACCUAACUGUCAUUUAUCCUCACUGGGAAGCAGCAGGAUGAGUACUGGGUAACAACAGUUGACUCUAAGGGAGAUAAUCUUAUCAGGAGGAGGUCUGAAGGAAAGGCGAGCUACAGGUGAUAAGAAAUGAGUGAGAUGAUGCCCUGGUUGCUGCUGCUCCUUCUCCUGGUCAGCUUCGGCUCACCUGCACCCAGGUUUUCAGAAAAAGAUAUUUGCCUCCUAGACAACAAUAAAUUAAGACAAAGGUUAAAACAGCUUCAAGAUUUGCUUUACUUAUAUGAACUGCAACUGAAGGACAUCCUGGAGAACACUUACCAUAGAACAAAAAGUGGGCUGUUCUCAGGCAACAGGAGUGUGCAACAUGAGAUGCUCUUACCCACAACCAGUGGAAAUUUGAUAGUCUAUGACCAAGAUUGCUCUGCAGUGUAUAAUCGGAAGAAGACCAAAAAUGGCUACUACCGGAUCAGACCCAGAGCAGACCGAGAGCCUUUCCUGGCAUACUGUGACAUGUCUGAUGGCGGGGGGUGGACCGUCAUUCAACGACGGAGUAAUGGCAAGGAGAAUUUCAACAGGAAAUGGGAUGAUUACAAAUUGGGAUUUGGGAAAUUCCAGGGCAAGAAUGAUGAAUACUGGCUGGGCAAUGACCACAUCUAUGACCUGCUUGCUAGAGGAGAAAGCUCUUUAAAGAUUGACCUGAUGGACUGGCAUGGGGAAAGACGUUAUGCAGUCUAUGAAAAUUUCCAGCUUGCAAAUGAGCAGGACAAUUACAGGUUAUGGUUUGGCACCUAUUCUGGUAACGCUGGCGACGCUCUGUCUGGUGGGAGCAAUUUUGAAGAUCAGUGGUCAGCCUCUCACAGAGGGAUGCAGUUCACCACAUCUGACAAGGAUCACGAUCGAUUCCUGGCAGGCAACUGUGCAUCAGAGAACAAGGGCGGUUGGUGGUUUAACAGGUGUCAUGCUGUAAACCUCAACGGGCAAUACUACAGAACAGGAAGGUACAAUGGAUCCCAUGACAAUGGCAUGGUUUGGUCUACAUGGCAUGGGAUGUGGUACUCGCUGAAAUACUCAGCCAUGAAAAUCAGGGCUCCGUUCUUUGUUGACAGCGAGAGUGGAGACGGUGAGAACAGUCAGGACAGCUGAAACCUGCUGCCUUGGAAAUAAAAAAUUACAGGCUGAAAAGAAUUGUGUAGGUUAAUAGCUAGCCCUGCAUUGCUACCAACCGCCAAACCUGCACUGUGAUAACUGGAGUUGCACCCAUUUCUACUAGCUGAAGCUAAUGUCGCAACUUGUUUUGAGUACAGCCAGCCAACAAUUUAAUGGAAAACAUACGGAUGACAGUCAUGGAAUAACCAGUUUUCUUUUUCAGCAGUUUUCAGGACUUCAUUGGAUAGUGUUUAUGAAUCAUAAAGCUCUCUGGACCUUGAAUGAGCAAGCAUGUUCUUUUAGCUAUCUACUCUUCAAGGGCUAAAUCUUUUUCAUCUUGAUUUUAAUCAUCAGUGCUUCAGUUAAAAGACCAUAUGGAUACAAACAACAAGGUGAUGGGGAAGUGGACUUCAUCUGGAGUGCCUUUAUUGGUGCUUUGCUCUGGAUCAGGAGAGUUUUUAAGCAAUUCUGCCUAUUGUCUGCAACUGCCACACUUCAGUUGCGGAACACUCCUGGAGUGUGUGAAACCAAACCACAUGUAUGGACAUGCUCCAACUGCAAGCGUGCAUCCAGACUAAGGCUUUUCGAAGUAAACCCCCACAACAUGGACAGUGUGGACACUGUGUUUCAUUGCCAACAGCUUCCCACUGCAGACCCACUUCUAUAGCACACUGCAACACAUUAAUGCAAAGACAAUGCUGCCGACCAGACUUAAGCCUCAGAUUAAAAUUAGGCAGAUUUCACUAAAUUUGAGAUGAGCAGAUAUUCUUGGGAGCUCAUAAAAUGCAGUCAUGAUUCAUAUGUAUGUUCUCGUGUGAUUUACCAGUGAGUCAUUGAAGGGGAAUCAGAAAGUGGAAAGUGGUUGAGCCAUAAGACACACUGCUUUCAUUGUCUCACUGGAGUGAAACGAAAGAGCAACACAAAUGACUGAAGGAAAUGGAAUACUAAAAAUUUAUUUUCCACAAGUUGUUAAUAACAGUCGAAAAUGAACAUAUCAGCUUGAUGCAAAUCAUUUAACUACCAUGUUGUAGAAUGAGCUUAUUCUUGUUCUGAAUUACAAUAAUUUUUUUAAACUGGUAGUUCUUUUCCAUUUACUUGCUUUUAGAUUCAUACAUAUUGUACUUUGUAUUAUAUAUCCAUAAAGGGUGAAAUAAAACCAUCUCAAUAGGACUUAACACUUUGUAUCUGGUUUUCAACAGUAGGAACUUGAACAGAAAUUUGGAUUAAAAUCUUGAGAAAGCUCGUAAUUCAAGAAAUGCACCCUUCUGGUGUUGGCACCUGCUGUCCCAGGUAGCUGAGAGGGUCUGCAAGGUAAGUUUAAUUUCCAUGGCUCAAGCUGUCCUGGAGACAAUGCAGAGACACAUGAAAAUUCAGUGUAAAACUUGGUUUGGUUCCUCUGCUUUGUCAAGAGGUAAACCCUGUUCUCACUUCUUCCCAGACAUGCCAGUGAUUGCAGACAUGAACACCAGAGCGCGAAGGGCCAGCACUCCAGGGAACUGUGCUCCUAAAGCCUGUGCCCUGGCAAGACUGCACCACUGGCCUCUUGCCAAGUGUUGGCAUGUACCACAUGGAAUGAAACUUGCACCUACAUCUCUGAAACGAGGUUGCCCUUGUGAAGAAAGGGCUGUGAACAGCCAGCACUUGCUAUUUCCUUUCUGAUCACUACUUCUGUAUUUUACUGUGGUAAAAUCUUAGCACGAGGUUGUAACUGCAUGUUGGGAACAUAAGGAAUCACUUUGCACGUUAUAACCAUGUGGCCUCUGAUGCAGUGCCUUAAGGACAAUUUUUGUCUAGGCAGAAGACACAGAGAAAUGUGAGUGAAAUAAGUUAAUGCCUUCUGGCAGAUGAUGCUCGAUCCCAUUUCAGUAGAGGGCUAGGGAAGCAGCGUAAAGAUUACAGACUAGUGAUGCUCAACACUGCAUGCUGGAAAUCAACUACAGCACCAAAGGGACAACACUAGUGGUUUGACAGUUCAUUGUGCACCCAAUAACCCAUUUGAUAAUGGAGAAUCAAGCUGGAGAUAAAGUCAUCAGGGCUUAGACAACUGCUACCCAGUCCGGUUCCCCUGUGAGAGAGCAGUGAGUGAAGUCCAGAGUAUGGAGCCUGUGUCAAUGGCAACAGUCAGACUGCCUUCAGCCAGCAUCAGUAUAUUAACAGUGGGUUUUUUCUAAGAAAAGGGCAAAGAUCUGAAAAGCUGGGGGAGAAGGGGUCUGCCUUGCUGUCUUGGAUGUAUCAAAGUCCACCUAAUGCGUUACAGUAUCAGUUCUGAGUGCAGCCCAACACUGAGACAAGGUUGCAGGAAGCAGCACCUGCCUUAGAGCCAGGCUCCCUCUCCUCCGCCCUCCUGUGACACAUGAAACCCCUCAGAGAUGCAGGGAGUACAGGGCUUUGUGCAGGACCCUGUAACUCUCACAGCAAACCUUGGAAGUGUUUCAGAACCCUCUUUAUCUUAAUAAACAGGGUAAACGCCACUAGCCAAGUAUUUAUUUGACCCGAGGGCUACCACCAAGCUCAAAUCACUCCCACCGAAGGUUGGGGGAAUGCUUGCUGAAUGUUGCUGUGCUGUACAUUGGAUCUCCUGUUUCUCCAGGGUCUCCCACGCUGAGCCUCACCAAAGCUGUAGAUAAUGUAGCCCUGUAGCUCCAGUGCUGACAGAUCACUGCUUCAGGGAGAACACGCUUCACACAGUGGAGUUCACCCUAGCACAGGGGUGGUAAGUAACCUGAGCAGCAAGUGCUUCAGAGGUUUGAUUUCCAGCUCAUCUAAGUCAAUUUGAAGACUCAUUACGUUUGAUUGGCCUUGGAUCAGUCCUCAAGCGUGGACAUGUUCUCAAAUGCUUUAAAGAGCAUUUCAAGCUGACAGUUUAUGGGAACACGUAGCCAGUACAAACACUGUGCUGAGCUGAAGAGCUGAACGUUGACAACGUGGCGUGCUGGCGCAGCUCGACAAAGAGAGCUCACAUCACCCUGUGAGCCGGAUCCCGUGCUCCAGCAGCAUCUGCAAAACGUUACCCAUCAAAAAGACCACUCAAAUGGCAGGGGUUGACGCUGGCAGCCAAAUGCUGAGCAUCUGCUUCCUUCCAGGCAGUCACAGCGAGCCCUCCUGCUGUGCGCCUGUCAGGUUACCUGUGCGUGCUGUGGACACUUCGGUGGGGUGCCAUCAGCAGCUGGCUAACACAGAGUGAUGCUGCUCUCCCUUUAAAAUGGUUGUUG